UAUUACCAACUGUAUUCCGACUAUCUAUUAAAAUUUCUGGAUGAGUAUAAAAAGAAUGGAAUAGACGUAUGGGCGGUUUCCUCGGGUAACGAACCUAUAAACACGAUCAUACCGUUCGAUCCCCUUAAUACCAUGGGAUGGACUCCGGACAGGAUGGGUGAAUGGAUCGCGGAAAAUUUUGGCCCGACGCUUGCCAACUCCAAACAUAACACCGUGAUAUUGGCGCUGGACGAUCAAAGAGUCGAAUUACCUUGGUUCAUCCAAGAGUUGUUUAAAAAUGAAAAGGCAAAGAAGUAUACCGCCGGCACGGCCGUCCAUCCCUACGUUGAUUUCUUGAUCGGACCGGAAGUAUUAGACAAAACGCAUGAUCUUGACCCAGAUAAAUUUAUCCUGUUGACUGAAGCAUCGUUAGGUAAGCGCUUCGCAGCUCAAUUCUUCAAAACUGGAUCAGAAAUGAUAAAAAAUUUAUUAUUAAUCAGUUUAUGCCAGAAAGACUAAAUGAUUAAUUUCUGA